AUGGCGACGACAACGGCAGCCUCGAACCGUGGACGCAGGGCUGGGACAAAGGUGCGCUGCAAGCCGUGGACGGCGACGGAGGAGGCACAGCUCCGAGCGCUGGUUGACGCGGGCACCAAGGCGCAGCAACAGAAAAAGGCGAUGUGGGUCGAGAUCGCCGCACAGUUUGGCAGCCGCACCGUGGCGAGCGUCGAGCAGCAUUUCUACUACAUGGAGCGACAGGAACGCGCCAAGAGCGGCACGCCCGUGACCGGCGGCGGCUCCGCACCAAAAACAAAGUCAAAGGUCAGCGCGUGCGCCGCCGCCCAGCCGUCAGCGUCCAAGAUUGCCAAAGUGGAGGCGACAAAGGGCCGGCAGAUCAAGGUCGAGGACGCCCUCGCGUACGUCGACCGGGUCAAGAUGAAGUUCGAGAAGCAGCCGCAUAUCUACGACCAGGCGACUUUUCCGCCUCUCUCUGCCCCCUCACCUCUCACCUCCUCGCAACGCCUCUCCUCCUCUCCCCCGCACGGCCGCCCCGCCCCUCGCCGCCCCUCCCUCUCCUCCCAUCCCCACCCUCUCCUCCUCCUCCGCCUCCUCCAGUUCCUCGACCUCCUGGAGGAGGCGGAGGCGCAGUCGAUCGACACGCCCGGCGUCGUCGACCGCGUGCUGCAGCUCUUCCACGGACACCGCGAGCUCAUCCUCGGAUUCAACGUUUUCCUCCCGCCGGGGUACAAGAUCGAGUUCUCCGACGACGAGAAGGCGCCGCGCGUACAGCUCAAGUACCCGCACGGCGUCACCGGCCCUCAGCCGCAAUACAACCCGCUGGCGCAGCCGCCCGCGGCGCCCGUGAGCGAUGACGAUUACGACGACGAGGAGGAGGAGUACGUGGACGAGGACGUGGCAGAGAUCAUGCGACGGCUCGAGAAGUGCGACGAGGAGGGCCGCUGCUUUGAGUGCAUGCGCAAGCACCGCGGAAACUCGCUGCCCUACUGGAUCCGGCACCCGGCCGAUGAGAUGCAGGAGAUCCAGGACGUCGAGUUCUGCUACGAUUGCUACGAUCGCGUGCGCAACGCGCGCCGGCGCGAGCUGGGCAUGUCGCAUUUCUCUGACGACGACGGCUGCGACUCUGACAGCGACGACUCCGAUCGCAGCGACGCCUCUUGGGAUUAUUGA